AUGGCAAUGAAGGAAACUUCAGAUGCAAGGAAGUGCUUGAAGCCAGAUGGGGAAGACGACCUCCUCUGCCCCAAAACAGAGCACCACCCAAAGGAGCCCAUGAAGCUGAAGUUGAGCUCAUCUCAAGAUCAAAGCAAGGCUGAGCCAUGGUUAUUCAAACCAAAAGCUGGGAGUGUCUUCCCAGUGAAGAAGAGGUUAGUGAAGAGGAUGAUGUUUGAUCAAAUUGUCCAAUGUUUUUGCUCUGUUUCCGAUGAUACUAAUAGUCCUUCAGCUUCUGCUGGAGUCUCUGAAACCACAACAUCAUCAAACGCCAAGAAGGUCAUUAUCAGCAGCCACGUUUACCCAUGCCCACCACCAAUACCAUAG